AACACAAUUCCAGUGGUGUGCAUAAAGAAAGUGAUCGCAGCACCGUGAGACAGAAGGGCUCGCUGCGUUGGCUAGCUAGAGGGGACAGGACAGGGUGGAAUAGACUCAGCGUCCGCCUCUUCUACUCUGUUUUUUUUUUUUGUACCCUAUUUAUUCAUUUAUACGUUGAAGUUGUUUUUCCACUCUUGGUUUUAAUCAGGGCUCGCGUGAUUUUUUGGAAUAUGGUUGGGGAAAUGGAAACGAAGGAGAAGCCGAAGCCGACCCCAGACUAUCUCAUGCAGCUUAUGAACGACAAGAAACUGAUGAGCAGUCUGCCGAACUUCUGCGGGAUUUUUAACCACCUCGAGCGACUGCUAGAUGAAGAGAUCAGCAGGGUACGGAAGGACAUGUACAACGACACGCUAAACGGCAGCACAGAGAAGAGGGCCUCAGAGCUGCCAGACGCCGUCGGCCCCAUCGUGCAGCUACAAGAGAAACUUUAUGUGCCUGUAAAAGAGUAUCCUGAUUUCAAUUUCGUGGGCAGGAUCCUGGGACCGCGGGGACUGACGGCGAAGCAGCUGGAGGCAGAGACGGGGUGCAAAAUCAUGGUGCGAGGGAAAGGCUCCAUGAGGGACAAGAAGAAGGAGGAGCAGAAUCGAGGGAAGCCGAACUGGGAGCACCUCAACGAAGACCUGCACGUCCUCAUCACGGUGGAGGAUGCCCAGAACAGAGCAGAGAUUAAACUGAAGCGGGCCGUGGAGGAAGUGAAGAAGCUGCUGGUCCCUGCAGCAGAGGGAGAGGACAGUCUGAAGAAGAUGCAGCUUAUGGAGCUGGCGAUCCUCAAUGGCACGUACAGAGACGCCAACAUCAAGUCACCCGCCCUUGCCUUUUCUCUUGCAGCCACCGCCCAGGCGCCCCGCAUCAUCACCGGCCCCGCCCCGGUGCUGCCCCCCGCCGCCCUGCGCACGCCCACCCCCGCCGGCCCCACCAUAAUGCCUCUGAUCCGACAGAUCCAAACUGUCAUGCCAAACGGGACGCCCCACCCCACUGCCACCCUAGUGCCCCCCGGGCCCGAGUCGGGCCUCAUCUACGCGCCCUAUGAGUACCCCUACACGCUGGCCCCCGCCACCUCCAUCCUGGAGUACCCCAUCGACUCCAGCGGGGUGUUAGGUAUGGCUUUCCCCACGAAAGGCUAAAAGCGUUCAAGAACGAUCUUACUGAACCCUCAUCCGAUCUGAGUGUUAACACGUGCUUUGUUUCACAGCUGCCUUGAAUUAAACCAUGAGCUUGGCCUAGCAGUCAGUCAGACAGCUCCUUACUACUGAUGUUUACACUGGCAAUGCCUCACCAGAGACUCGUCUCUGAAACAAUGUAUGUUAUACACUGCGCACACACAUACACACACAAACACACACACACACUCUUAUAGGUAUGUGUAUACAGACUGUUUCACUGACUGCUAUGUUCUGGUAAAUCGAUAUAAUACUGUCUCGCUUUACUAAUCACUUAAUUCAUUGCGAUUUUUUUCUACUCAUUGGUUUUAAAAAAAAGAAAACCUCAGAUUUACUACUGCGGAUGUGCCUAAAUUCUCCUCUCUGAGCCUGUCCAGAGAAUGAUCAGUAUUAUAUUUAAAAUGAUAACUGGAAAGACGCCUCAACCUGCUGCACUCCAAUUACGUGACUAGUAAAGCUCAGUGCAUGCCUGUGUCUAAUGUCAGAAAUACUGUACCAAGGAGUAUUGCCACAGGGGAUCCACCUGGUUUUAAGGCAACUCCACAGAGGUGAUGGCAACCAUGUUAGAAAUUCUUAACAGACAUGCUCUUAAAGAAAACAUUCAAAUUGUGCCUUAACUUGUAACUUUUUUUUUUUCUUAUUUGCAUAAUUUGUUAGAUGUGUUUGGUCAUUUUUGAUAUAAAAACAAGAAACCUGCUAUUGUUGAUAAACUGACUGUUAAUGAGAUUUGUGUAGAAUGAAUAAUCUAACUUUGUUUUGGUAAUGUUGCAAUUUAAGCAGGUGCGGUGGCUACUAAGGUUCGAAGGCACGAAAUGCGGGUUCAUCCUUACCAAAGGAUAGUGACCGCUGACAGAGGUUAGUUUAGCCCCAGCGCUUACAUUUAUCACCAGUGCUGCCCCCUGUUGGUCCACAUCUUGUUUCGCUGCGCGCGGAGACAGCUCCGAGUAUUUUUUUUUAACCCGCUGGGGUAAACGACAUGGUUUUGUGAUGUAACGCCCAACGCUCAAGAACCCCUCGCCCUCUGUGGAGCUAACAGCCCUGUUGUUUCUGGGAUAUGAAGUUUUAGGCCAUUUACACUGUGGGAGGGAGGGGGGUACCUGAAAAGAGCGGGCUAGACGGUGGCCACAACACAGCAUGUAAGGGCUGUGUCACAUGAACAUGUACACAAAUCCUGUCUUUAAAACGGAAAGGACUGUUCGUUGCCACUCCAUUAUUUUGAUGACUGUGUGACUCUGACAUGCCGUUGAUGACAAAUAAUGGACACCCCCCCCACCAAACAAAACCAACAUUUCGAUUCCCCGCCCCCAAUAAAAUAAAGGCUCAAUUUUCACUGCACUUAGCUAAGUCCUCAACAUCCAACUCUCUGUAAAUUAUGAGAAAUCAAGUCUGUCCAUUUGUAUUUAUUUGUUUGCAGAAAUUCUUAAUGUAACAUUAUGGAGAACUUUGAUUUUGAGAUUUCAUAUUUUUUACGCACGUUUACAACUCUGAGGCCACAUCAGCCAUAUCGCCAUAUCUUUCUGAAAUUCAGAGUCAAGCUAAGCUGGACAGAGUUUGAUCAACUGCAUCUCAGUUUUGUUUUGAGACAAAAUCAAGUGAUUUUUUUAUUAUUAUUUGUGUUUGUCUACUGCCAGAAGCAGUUAUUUUCAGUGUCUCAUUCAUGGCAUAAAUUCUCUCACAGUGUAGACUGGAAAUAUGUCAAGAUACAUACUGAAUUUUUGUGCAGAGGGGAAAACAGAAACCAAUACAAACCAACACAUACAUUGAUUAUACAUAAUAGAGACCAACAAAAGCCCCUAUCAUUCUCAUAAGAGACCAACACAUAAACUACAGCCUUAUUUAGCCACAACAAUUGCAAUGAACAGAAAGUAUUCCUUAGCAAUAGUGAAGUUGUCUGUAUGAAGUGCUUUUUUUUUCUUUUAACAACAACUCUUUGAAGGGAAAGAGAAAACUGAGAAUUCCAGGCCUAUAGAUAGUCUUACCCACACAUGCACACACACUCACACACACAAAUGUGUUCUACAUUUCCUGACGGUACCCAUAUAUACCCUAAGACCCAGCUAUCAUGCAAUUGCUAAAUAUGACACAAACUGCGCUCCUAGAGAGCCAUGUGCUUGUUUGGCUUUUGUUACAGUGACUGAAUUGAGUAAUAAAUCAAAGCUAUAUAAAUGUAUCAGUAAAACAUAAAAAAAUGGAAGCUUAACACUUGAACUCUACUCUGGAUUAAAGCAAAAUUUAUUAUGUAUUAAUAAUAAAUGAUAGGUUUUGAUUCAAUUAUUUUGACUGCAUUGUUUGAGGAGUCAAUACCUGUGCUAUUACAGUUUACAGGAGAUGACAAGAAGUCUGAAUCCAUUCGGAGACUUGGCUGAAACUAAAGCCAGCAUACACAUGGGCUUCCAGAGCCCAACUCCCCUUUUUUUGUCAGGGGGUGUGAUAUAUUUGGGUUUAUUGGCAGAUAUUAAGCGUCAGCUCAGAGGUCAUAGAUAUGAACCCCUCACUGACACACAUUUGUUGAUAAGCAGUUGUCUCGUCACAAUUCCUGCAUUUCAUUAGAAAAUGACCAAUGGCAGACUAAGAAGUUACUGCUUCUUAGCUUCUUUGGUCUUUUGAUUUGGGUCAUUGUUUUUCAUUGUUUAUACCGUUGUUAAUUUAAAAUAUUGUGGACCAAUAUACUCUUUUCUACUUGAAAGAAGCAUUCGAGUUUAAGAGUUUAUGUAUUUUUUGUCACACUUUACAUUUUAUUGAACAAAUCUCGAAUCCUUCACAAUGGCAGUCUUUUUGAACAACUGCAGUGAUAGCCAGAUGUGAUCAUUGACGUGAUUAAUGCAUUUUAAAUAUGUCAAUAAGCCCUAAUAUGGUUUUAAUUGUGCUCUGGAGCAGUUCAUGUGUCUCACAGUUCACAUGUAUAUAAAGUGGGUCUUAGGGAACUGGCGUGUCAGCACUGAAAGAUCAUUCAUAGUACCACAGAGUCCUUUCUCUAUCCCCUUUCAUUUUUACAUAACUCAUGUCAGAGUACCACAACCGUGCCAAAACAAAAAAACAAAAAUCUUUCUAAAUACUCAUUAAUUUUACUUUUAAAAACUUUAAUUUUUGGUACCCUACGGAUGGUGAAUUUCUGCCAAGUGACUUUAGCUUUGUAAUACCAAGGUAAGAUCUUAAUACGUAACGAAUGGAACAAAAAAAACUAAGUUUGGUUCCAGUAACAGAUAAAAGAUAAAAACUGACAAGAUU